UUCGCCGCGUAUCGUAAUACACUUUUCGAACCACAUGUAAGCCGAUGGGAGCGUGCAUUAUCUCUUACGAUAGAGCACCUUUCCCGAAAAUAUUCGACAUCUGAAUUCGACUCCUCGAAAUUCGACGAAUUUCUCAAGGCUGGACGGUCGAAUUUCGACACUUUCGGCGGGAGGUGGAGGAGCUCAACGAACGUGGAAUUUUUUCUUUUGAGGAAAAUAAGAUAUUCCGAAUCGAUAUUUUAAUCUCAACGACGGGGGUGCGAUGAAAUCGUCAUCGACCACAUCGACGCAGAGAUGUCUCAGCACGCAAAAGAGGAUUUGUUUAUAAAACGUUGGAGGAAUCAUCUACCAGUGGGGUGCCAAUGAUGUUGAAAGUUUGGCUAUCGAGAAGGGAAAAGUUUCUUUCGAGAGGAACUGAGAACUUGCACAGUUCGAGGAAUAAUUGAAUGACCCGGGAGAACGAAAUGGUGUACGGAGUCAGUGAGUGAAAUGCGGGUAAAAUGAUUUAAUUCAGUUGAAACGGAUGAAAUUAAAUGGAUGAACAAUUGAUUUGCAGUACACGGUUCCAUUGCGACUGGUGGGAUUUUCUUACCUAUACAGAAGAAGUAAACAGAUUAAUAUAAACAACGGUGAAGUCAUUUUAUUCUCGAGGAUUUAUUUUGAUCGUUAAGGAGUAUCAAUAAUUAUCAAGUAUUAAUAAGAGGGAAAAUUACCAUGUUUCUUUAUGUGGAACAUUGAAUUUCCUUGACUAAUAGAGAGUGGAAGACAAUUUAGUCAAUGUAAUGGUUGCUAUAAUUUUCCUACGGUUCCCACGGUUCUCCUGAAAUAUCUCUCGAUGACCCAAAGACACUGGAAAAGAUGGCUGAUAGCAACAGUUGAUAAGAAGUUUCGAACAAUGAACAUCCUUGUUGGCUGAAGAAUUUCUCAAGAAUUGAUUCCUCACGAUCAAAAAGAAGUUCAAGCUACAAUUGUUAAGCAGAACGUUCACAUAGACCUGAAUCGUUAUUUAUAUAACCAUUUCUUUUGGCUAAUGCAAAUUAAAAAACGUACCAAAUUAUGUUUCAUGAUCUCGAAGGUUUUGUUCGAGGUUCCUUUGUACCGAAAACGGACCGCUAGAAACCUGGAAUAUUAUAUCAAAAUUGAAUAAGUUGUCUGGCAAUUUUUAAAAGGUAAUUAUCAGCAUAGAUUGCUGGAAACUAUAAGUUUGUCAAUUUUUUCCUAUGGGACUGAAUAAUAUUUUUCGAUUGAGAUGAAACGGCAACGAUGAAGAUUCGUUCCCGGUCAAGUUUCGAGAAAGAUCUGAAAGUGACACGUGGAAUGCAAGAGAUGUUCUGCAAGAGAGGCCGGCACUUCUGAGCCGGGCCUCGAGAACGUCUUCGGCGCAGAAGAAGAAUAAAAAGAAGAUUUUUCCGCACGUGUCACCGGUUCGCGAAUUGGCCGACUACCAGCGGCCACGGAAACUCUUCCAGCGGCAUUUGCAAGCUGGUCGGGGAAAACAAAAAUAACUGCCCGUCUCUGAAGCAAUUUAUCUGAAAUUUUACGCAGCUUCUGCGCUCCUCGAGGAGCAAUCCGCAGCCCCGGGUGUCCGAAGCUUCAUCUUCCUCGGCAGGACAAGGUGUAGAUCAGCGCCGAAAUACCCCAGUUUCCACGAAACACGUCCCACGCAUUAUUUUUCAAAUAGCCGAUUCUCUUGGGGUGCGAUCGCGACGAGCACCAUCGGGGGUGAAAUGGAUCAGAAAGACAUGGCUACUCUAGGAGCACAGGAUCUGUGCGAGUAGAAUUAGCUCGCGCCAGAAUUAUCAAAGAAAUAAGCGAUUGAAUCCUUUUUGAAGUUGGAGGUUCUUGGAAUAACAAUUUUUAGAAGAUAUGAGCCUGAACCACGUUGGUUGCAAGGCAGGAUCAACUGGAUUUGAGUGACAGACCAUUAUCUGUUAACUUGAUAAGAAGUCAUCCCUCAAGGAACGGAUUUGAGGGAUCUAGAAAGAAACGAGGUGAAUGAUUCCGAUGAAAAUGAGUCCAGAUGGACACAACAUUGACAUCAUAUGGCGGGCGUUCGUGACGUUUCGUAGAUGUGCCUGAUGUCCAGUAGACCCUGAAGAGCUAAAUUAAGACCAUGUCCUUCUGCAGGAUCACGGGGAGGAGCAGGGGUCUUCCCAAGCCCAACUAUUUCCCGCUUCUGCCGCCGAUCAGUCCUGCUGAUGCUAAGCGGUUCUGCCGCAUCACUGGGAAGUCCUAUGGACUACCUACGCAUCACUACAUCCCUGUUCUUCUGGGAGUGCAUACCCACGAUAAAUCAAAAUGCAAGAUCACCAACGCUGCAGCUGGAUUAAAUCCUCAUCAUUACACGGCUGGACUGAUUUUGGGGGAAAAGAAAAAACAUGUAGUAUUGAAGGACUAUCGCUACGUGUUCCCCAUAUUAGAGGGCGAUGGAGAACAACAAAAGGCACUUAGGGAUCUUCUUGACACGAAACAACCAUCCAUUGAAGAGGAGAACUCUAAGUUCGUCUACACGGUAGAGGAGAGAAGAUGCAGUUUGGUGUUUCCAGCCAAACUGGAAGCUGCAGUCAGAGAUGGGGAUGUUCGGGACGUGAUGCUGUCGCGAGAUUGCGACACCGUUCUUUUGCGCUUGAAGCAGGGAAAAAACGUCUCGGUUGACUUUAGGGACUUGGACAAUUUUGAUGACCUGUACGACGGCUUGGGUCCUCGUGAAGAUGUGCUCAAAGAGCGCGAGAGGCUGGAGACUGAAGCCAAGAAACGGAAGAGGAAGCGGCAGGCGGGCUUGAAUUAUGCUAAGAAAAUCUUCGAAGAGAAGGAACGGGCCGCUGAUGAAGAAGAGUCCAGAAGAUCCAAGCAACUGAAGCUUCGCAGUAUCAAAGAGGAGAACAGAGAUGAACGAAAACUGGUCUGGAAACGAGUCGAUCUGGAGGGAGCCAGGUCUAGGGCAGCCAAUAUAGUGAUGUCUUCGGAGGACUGGAAUGAUCUUGCCAAGCCGCUUACUGAGACAUUCAAUUGGAACGAUAUCGAAUGCGGUGCUGUUAGAACUGAAGGAGAACCGCUAGUUGAUAAAAUGCCGGAACCGGUGAAUAUUUCUCCAAGAAUUAUUGAACUAGAGACGACCGCAACUGGAGAAAUUAUGGUACCAGUAUCUGAAGAUACUGGAGGUCUGGAAACCAUCGCCGUUGUACCGCCUUUUGUUCCUUUAAAUGCUCAGCCGCAUCCUCAUAUUCAGGCUGCUCUAGAAAAAAUGUCAUCAUCGCAACUUGAAGAAACGGCUAAUGUAAAUUCAAAGUUCCUGGAGGCUGGAAAACCAGCGCUGGAAUCUCUACCGAGAAUAGAUGAGAUUCCAGAAAUCGUAACGAAUGUAGAGAAGGGAGUAAAGGCAGACGUUCAUGGGUUAAAGGGUUUGAAGUUGGACAUUAAGUCCGCCCAAAGGUUUGUUUCUGGUCAGACAGUUCAGACUCCAAGUGGCCCAGUUUUUGUCCCAGGUCAAACCUUGCAGACACCAAUUGGAGCUACCUUCGUGCCAGGUUUGACGGUUCAUACUCCAGAUGGACCAUUGCUGAUCCCAGGCCAGAUCCUGACAGUCAAGGAAGACGGAGUCGAGACUCCAAUUUUUGUUGCUGGUCAGACGCUCCUUACAAAAGAUGGACCACAAUUUGUUCAAGGGCAAACCAUGCACACCACGGAAGGGGCCAAAUUUUUACCUGGGCAGACCGUGAUGACUAAAGAAGGCCCGAAGUUCGUGGCUGGCCAGAUAGUAGAGAAGGAGUUCAUUCCGGGUCAAACUGUCAUGACAGCGAAAGGCGCGAUGUUCAUGCCAGGACAAACCGUGAUGGACAGUCACGGAGAGCAGGUAUUUGUGCCAGGAGAAAGCAUCCAGAUAAACAACGACUGGGAAUUUAUGCCUGGGCAGUCUCUCAAAACUCCUUCCGGUGAACCCAAGUUUGUUCCUGGUCAAACUAUGUUAACUCCCGAAGGUCCCAAGUUCAUUGCAGGCCAGAGCGUUGCAACAGACACCGGAGAAACUCAUUUCAUUCCUGGUAUCACCGUAGAAACCAAGGAAGGACCAAAGUUCGUUCCUGGUACCAAUGUUCAAACACCUCAAGGCACUAAAUUUGUCGAAGGCCAGAUUAUGAAAACGCCAGAAGGGACGAAGUUCGUUCCAGGGUCGACCACUGUAUACCAUGAAGGGUUCCAGUUCGUUGCAGCAAAGAAUCUCGAGGACCUCACAUUUCUGGAAGCUGCUCCAGUGGGGGUACCUGUGGACCCUAAGACAGCUAGUGCCGUGUCACUAUCUCACGAGCAGGAAAUUUUUGGUCAUAUGGUGCAAACAGAAAAAGGUGUAGAGUUCGUGCCGGCGAGCGUGAAAAAGUUUCCAGAGGGCAAGAAGAUUGUUCCAGGACAGCUGGUCCGUGGUGGCAAGGAUGGGCCUAGAUUCGUCCCAGGUGUGAUGAGCGAGGAUGGUUUUCUUCCCGGUCAGGUGGUUAUGACCGAGAAAGGUGAGCAAUUUGUUCCAGGCCAAGUAGUAGAAACUGCCGAAGGCCCAAAGUUCGUUCCUGGGCAGAUGGUGGAAACCCGAUCAGGACCAAAGUUCGUGCCAGGACAGACCAUCGAAACGGCAGAGGGACCAAGGUUUGUCCCAGGUCAGAUAGUUCAGACCAAGGCAGGUCCAACUUUUAUACCCGGUCAAGUAAUAUCUACAGAAGACGAGGGCUCUAGAUUCGUUCCUGGUCAGGUAGUGGACACUCCCGAUGGUCCACGGUUCGUUCCUGGGAGAGUGGUCGAAUCCGGAGAACUUGGAGUGACUUUUGUACCUGGACAGAUUGUUCAAACGGAGGAAGGACCUCGAUUUGUGGCACCUGACCUCAUGGACACCCCGGAAGGUGGUCUGGAGUUUUCCGUUCAAGGUUUCGAGGUCACUCCUGAAGAACUUCGGCUUCUAAGACCCCAACACUUGCGGUACAACGCUGUCACAUCGAGUUUACACGGCGAAACCAGCAUUGAUGCUCGGAUGCUUAGGGAGCUUUCCGCAGCCGGAAUGACGAUUGGCAGGCAGCUUUGUACUGACUUACCAGCUGUUGAUGUAGAUAUCGAUCCCACGGCCGUGGCAUUGGAACACGCCUUGGUGAUAGCUGAAAAACUGGGAUUACACGGUAGCUCAGCAGUCAAGAUGGCACAGGUUAUGUCCACCGUUGCUCAACUUGCCAAAAACAUUGUUUCGCAACAGCAACAGCAGCAGUCACAUCAGAAUGGGAAACUGUCUAACGGAACCAAAUCCCCGACAAAUGGUGUUAUUUCAACGGGUGGUGACGGUGAAAAAAGAAACGGCCAUCAGGAAAACUGGUUGCAGGACGCCAUCAGAUCAGCAGUGACUGCCGCAGUGCUGACCAUAACGAGUCAAACAACGAACAACGAGAACGAAAAGCAGGACUUCAUGUUUUCCUCCAUUUGCGAGGCCUUCAACGUCCUCCUAAGAAGAGGGUCGAUGGACAUCGAACGCUCAGUCGACGAAGUCCUGCAGAUUCUUUUGGUACCUCAGAAUCGCAGCGAAGUGUGCAAAGGAACGAUGCUGGACUUAUUAGAAGCUACAGGAAACAAGGUGGACAUUCUCAAAUCAACCGUAGGUGGAAUCCAACUAAGAGACGAUAUAGUUAUAGAGAGACUAUCCGCCGUUCUUGAAGAGGAAUACGGCAGCGAUUUAGUCACCUCUGCAUUCAGGACAGUCUCUAAGGGUGACCCGGGAUUGGUCUCGAGAGUUUUACAGAAAGUCUCUAAAGAGGUAGCUGGAGUGGUUACUGAAAAGGAGGCUGCAGAAACAGUUCACAGAGCGAUAGUUCAAGCUGUUCGGGAGUCUAGCGAGAUCCGGGUCAAGGAGUUGCUUAACGACGAUGGGACCAAGAUCCGGGAGAUGCUUCUCCAAGCCGUUGGCCUCGCUCGUGCCUUGGGGAUGUCCAACACUGCGACUAGUCUUCUGGCUGUAAUUAGUGACGAGAAGUCUACGAAAGCUUUGGUCGGCGAUAAGGUCAUUUUGGAUGUGCUGAAGAGGCUCACAGUCAUGAGGCAGCUCGCCGAAGAGAGGCCUCAGUGUAUGGUAGCACUUCGAGAACUAUGUAGCGACCCUGAACUGGCUCGAACAGAUCCACGUCUCAGAACUCUGGUUCGAGAGAGUGCGGCCUUAAUGAUAGUCCCUGAAGAGGGUCCCCCACUGCAAUCGUCAGUAGACGUUCCCAUGUCCUUGCUGUAUGCGGAGAACAGCUUAGCAAUUGAAGACUUUCUCAUGAGGAAGAGCCAUAAGCCCUCCACAAUAUUUAUGAUUCUGAAGGAGGGCGUCCAGGCCGUCGUUCCUAGGGAGGCUUCCAGGGCUGUUUUGACUGGUCAAGUUGCAUAUACUGUUCUUGAUGAGCAUGGGAUUAGACGAUUUGAACCACUUCACGUGUUCUCUGCGCUAAGACUCAACAGACCCACGGCUCAUCGGUUUUCCAUGUACUGCUGUCCCGUUGCGAGAGAAGAAGAUAUGGACGCAGAGAUGGUGUCCACCUUGACCGAAACCGUGUCCGCAACGAGUUUAGAUGGGCUAACUAAUGGAAAUGGCACCAAACACGAAAGCAAUGGCAUUAGUUUGUCGAAAUCUGAUCGCUCUGGUGGGUACUCCGCCAGUCGCGAAAACACCCCCAGCUUUAGAAGACUCAGCAGCAUCCUACAAGAGAAUAAUGUCGACAUGGCCGCCUCGGAGCAGUACAUCGUCCUCGAGCAGUUUAAGGCUGAGGGUGAAAACGGAGUCUCCCUGAACGUCGGGGAUAUCGUCGAUGCCGUUGAGCACGAGGAAUCCAACAAGAAGCUGAAGAAGGAUCCUGAAUUAGAAGUUGGAGAGAUCGGAGAGCCACUUGACAACUCUGCUGCCAAGCACAAGCUGUCAGUGCGACCUCAUAAGAAUUAUGCCAGUCCGAGAGCGCGCACCAUUUCAAGGUCGGGUUCCGAUACCAACGUACAGAGGGUGUACGUUCGUACUAGCGACGGGAAGGAAGGAUGGGUGCCUUCGAAUAUUGUGAAACAAACCACCUUGAGCGAGGAAAGUUCAGGAACCUUGACCACCCAUCAUCGCCCAGAGGAUUCUCAUUAUCGAAGAGAAGCCGUAAUAAAGGAGUUGGUCGAGACGGAGGAAGAAUUCGGCAGAGACAUCCAGUCGGUUGUAGAACGUUACUUAAAGCCACUGGACAAUCCCACUGUCCCGCGUGCCGUUCGAGACAACAAGGAUCUUAUUUUUACAAACCUUAAACAAAUAGCUGACUUUCAUAAUACGGUGUUGAUCGAGGGUGUCAAGUAUUACGCGGACCAGCCACGGAUGCUCGGGAAAACUUUUUUGAGACUGGAAAGAGAUUUCGACAAACAUGUGGCUUACUGCAGGGACGAGCCGACCGCUCAGGAGUUCCUUCAGAUGAACGACGACGUUCGAGAAUAUUUCGAGGAGCUGAGCCAGACUCUCGGAGACGACAAGAGCGUGGCGGAGCAUCUGAAGCUUCCGAUUCAACGCAUCAACGACUAUCAGCUCCUCUUAAAGGAGCUGGUGAAGUAUUCGAACCGAUUAGGUGAAAAUUGCGACGACCUCCAGAAAGCUUUGGAGUUGAUGCUAGGUAUUCCUCACAGGGCAACCGAUAAUAAGUUCAUCAGCAAUAUCGAAGGAUAUAAGGGCAAUAUCCACAAACUAGGACGACUACUCAGACACGAAUGGUUCACUAUUAUCGAUAAGGAAGAAAGAACAAAAGAGAGAUACUUGUUUUUGUUUAAAGCACGGAUUCUUGUCUGCAAAGUUAGGCGCAUCAGCGAAGAUCGAUCGGUCUUCGUCCUCAAAGAUAUCAUUCGAUUGCCGGAAGUGGAAGUUCAAGAUCACCCGGAGGACCAACGAAGUUUCGAGUUACACUGUCCAAGUGUUCCAGGAUUUCCGAUUAUAUUAGUCGCCCACAAGGAUACCGUAAAGUCUUAUUGGUUGAAGGAAAUUCGCCAAUAUUCGAGCGACGUCGUAGCUCUCGCCGAGCACGCUGCCGACGAUUUGCAGCUGACCGAGGAGGCGCCGGAUAUUACAGAGGACUUCAAGCCCCAACCAAAAUCAGAAUUACCGAGGUUUCAACCACCUAAACCAGGAGUGCAGAACCCUGAACCUCCUAAAGCGGAGCUGACGAAAAUCGAGCCCAAGAAGGCCGAACCACCGAAGCCUGUAAAUGUAGUCACCCCUAAGCCUGAACUUCCAAAAGCUGCACCCCAUCUUCCAGUCGAAAAAGAAGCUGCCAAAGUCGAGGAAGUUAAAGUUCCAGAAAAGAGGAAAGACGAGACCGUUAGAGCAGAGGAUAUACAGACGAAGAGAGUUAAAGUUGAAGAAGAAGGCCAAGCCAUGGCGGGACGUUACACAUCAAGUAGAUUUAGUGCCUCGUCGCAGGUCAUCGAAGAGUAUUCCUCGAUAUCGAGCAGUCGCAGUGCUAUGUCUUCCUGUGGAGAAACAUCGGUAUCAACGGCGGCGUCGAAGACUUCCUCUGCAGCUUAUGGCUCCGAAAGAAUAUCGGAGAGCUUAAGUUCCUAUCAAACGGCCGUCGAAGGUGAGAUCUCCGCAUCUGAAACGAGGUCUACAAAAAUUGCGGUAACUUCCGGCGAAGCUGGGAGACCAAUCUUUGAGAAGACUAUCGAGGGCUGCAACGUUGAACCGAUUCGAGCAUGUCAAAAGGCUUUGAUACACGCAAUAGCCGGGGAGAGUGCCAGUUUCGUAUGCACUUUGAGGCCAACGGAUUCACCGACUUCGAUGCAAUGGCUGAAGGACAACAAGCCCCUCGAUGAUAAGCUUGCAGAUCGAAUUACCAUCAGUUACGAUGAAAAGUAUUAUCGUCUUGUGAUCCAUAAUGCUUUGGAAUCCGAUUCUGGUAUUUAUACUGCCAGAGCAAUAAGCGGAGAUGGUCAAGCGACAUGUACCGCCCAACUGAUCGUCCAGCAAUUGACGCCGGAAGAGAGACAGGCGAGGUCGGAGGCGAACGCCCCAAUCUUUUUGGUUCGCCUGAAGGAUACGGAAUUGUUGGAGAACACUUAUCUUCGCUUCAUGAUAAAAAUCAAGGGAGAUCCGAAUCCGGACUUGAAAUUUUACAAAGACAACGUCUUGAUCGAUUCCACGAACGAGCGGGUGAAAGUCGUGACAGACAACGCCAGCAAGGGUUUCUACGAGCUGGUGAUCGCCGAUGUUCGCCAUGUGGAUGCUGGGAAAUAUUCCUGUACAGCAACGAAUCGUUUCGGCGAGGCGUCCUGCGAAGCUUCGGUUACGGUGACAGAAGAGAAGACCAUCUUUGCUGGCCUUCCGGAAGGUCCUUUGGAGCCUGGAGAAGAGCCCCAGUUCAAGUGGGUCCGAGACGGCGAGCCGUUUGAUCCAGAAGAAAGAUUUAAAGUUCUGUUCAACAAUACAGAAGACACUUUAGCGCUGGUAUUCCAGCACGUAACACCCGAAGAUGCUGGAUUAUAUACUUGCGUGGCUCAAACUAGCACUGGAAACAUCAGCUGCAGUGCCGAGCUGACGGUUCAGGGAGCCGUGAAGCAGCUGCUAAAGGAACCUGCUAAACCAAUUUUACAGACUGAGGCUAGGCAGUCCGAGGUCAGUGCAGGAGGGUCGGCCAUGCUUGAUUUGCAAGUCAAAGGUUUCCCCAAACCAGACGUGAAAUGGUCUAAAGACGGCCAAGAGAUCGUUGCCGGUGGUAGAAUCAAGUAUCUUUGGGAAGAUGAGGAAUCGGUGUCUUUGGUGAUAAAGAAUGUCACUGCUCAAGACGCAGGCACGUACACCAUUAUGGCGAAGAACGAGUUAGGUCAAGACAGCACCCAAAUAGAGUUGAUCGUUAAGUCCGCGCCCAAGAUCACCAAGAAGAUGCAGGACACCAUUGCCAUGACCGAGGAAACCCUGACCAUGACCGUCCAGGUCGAGGCCUCCCCAGCUCCAGACGUCACGUGGUACAAAGAUGGUCAGCUGAUUUCAGAGUCAGAUAGGAUAAUUAUCACCAAGGAGCAGAACAACGCCUACAAGAUCGAAAUAAGGGAAGUACGGUUAGAAGACGCCGGAUCUUACUCCAUAGUCGCGAAGAAUGAGAUCAACCAGACUUCCGACUUCUGGAACCUGACCGUUCGAUGCCCACCAAAGAUCAAAAGGAAAUUGGGCGAGCCGAAGGUGAUCGACGAAGGUGACAGCUUGACGCUGUUAAUAGAGGUCGAGAGCGAAACCGAACCUUCCGUAACGUGGUACAAGGGCGAAGAAGUUCUGUCGGAGGAUACUCGCAUCCAGAUGGUUCGCGAGGGCGAGAAAUUUAUGCUAAAGAUCACCGGCACCGUGGGCAUCGAUUCUUCGGUGUACAGAGCCGAGGUCAGCAACAAGCAUGGGUCCAGUGUCGAUCAGACGGAAGUCAAGGUGCGAAGCGCACCUCGUUUCAGGACCAAACUGGCCGAUACCACUGCCAAAGAAGGGGAGACCAACCUGGAAUUAGUCGUGGAGAUCGAUGGGUUCCCAAAACCUACCGUUCGCUGGUUCCUCGGAGAUGUAGAAAUCACGGAGACGAGAAAGGAAUUCACGACCACCGAAGAAGGGGACAAUUAUAAACUGAUCAUCAGUAAUGUCAAAAGAGAUCUCACUGGCAAGUACACCUGCAAGGUGAAGAACGAUUUCGGAGCAAUUGAGACUAGCUCGAAUCUAGUCGUCUACACGAAGCCAAAGAUCGCGAAGAAGCUUAGCGAUCAGAGGAUCAAGGAAGGGGACACCUUGAAACUGAAAGUCGAGGUCUCCGGAACCCCUGAACCCGAAGUCAAGUGGUUCAAGGAUGGCCAAGAGGUGACUGCUGACGCAAGGAUUAAAAUCACCAGGGACAGCAAACGCAAAGAAAGCUAUGAUCUUACUUUGAACCUCGUUAAAGGUUCCGAUGGUGGAGUCUAUGAGGUCCGGGCUGAAAAUACUAUGGGGGUUGUCACCAGCAAGAGCAAGGUUACCGUUCAGACAAAAACUGAAGAGGUAGUCGAAGAAAAGCAGGAACUAAAGAAGGAGACCGUAGAGAAGGUUGAAGUCCUUGAAGAAGAGACGACACCGAAGAAAUCGAAAGAGAACGGUGCCAUUUCAAAGAAACAACGAGCAGAAGAGUCCACCGAUGAAGGUCGAGUCACCCUGGAGAAACAGAGCAUCCAGGUUGUAAAAGGGGACACGGCCGACACGGUGACAAUUUCUGUGAAUUCAACGACUACUCACGAGGCGGUAAUGUCAGGUCCCGACGAGAGACACAUGAUCAGCAAGAUGACCACGACGAAGGUAGAAUGCCAGGAGCUAGGGUCCGAAGGGCCCAAGGUCGAAGAGAUCACGUCCUACAGCUACACGGUGCAGGAAGAGAGCUGCGAAAGACCGCAAAACGGAGUCCUCGUGGAAGAAUUCUCCGAGGAUGAGAACAACAGAGCGAAACUUCCAGUGAAUCGAGGAGUCUCCAUCGUCUCCGUCUCCGAUGACGAGUCCACCUUAAAAGCCAUCUCGAGGGACGUCAGCGACACCGACAUUCAAAAUGCUGAUCUCUUUGAGAUCCACAAGAUGACCAAUGGAACCUGUGACGAUGCCGAGGUCAAAUCCGUUGAAGAGGAGGUCCUGGAGAUCGUCAAACCUCAGAAAGCUGUCAGGUUGGCGGAGACUAUAAUCGAAGAGGGCUCAGUGGACGAAUCCCACUCCGAGAUCCAGCCUAAGCAAACCGAAAUUUCCAAAGAACCCCAGAAAGCCACCCUAGAGGAAAGCAAAUUGUCCAGACAAAAUUCGAAAUUGGAUCGAGUGGACUCUAUCGAAGCUACGAAACCGACCGUCAGGAGACUUUCCAGGGAAAACUCCAGGCAAGGAAUCUUGACGAGUGAAGACGACGCGAUGGAUCCCGCGAUGGAGGAUCUUUUGAACCGUGUUAAGAGACAACGCAGUGUCUUGGAUGAUAUCCUGGAUAAAGAGGAGGAAAGAGAGAGGAGGAAGUCAGCAUCGCCCGAAAUCCUAAGUUCCAAUCUAGAGGACCAAAUGAUCUACGAGACUCAAAGUAUGGUCUUCGAGAUCAAAGCCACCGGCUUGCCGAAACCUGAGGGGAAAUGGUUCAAAGAUGACGAGCCGAUCAAGGCUGGAGACCGAUUGAAGAUCGGGCACUCUGGGGAGCUCUUCCAGUUGACGCUAUCGAACGCCACCCCUGAGGAUUCCGGGGUCUACAAAUGCAUCUUCACCAACAAGAUCGGAGACAAGGCUGUCGAAGGGAACCUUACGGUCGCUCCGACUUCCGAGUAUCGAAAACCGAGGUUCAAGGAGCCUCUUCAGGACCUUAACGUGCCCUUCGAGGAACCUGGAGAAUUCAAAGCGGUUCUUACCGCUGAUCCUAUUCCUGACAUCGUUUGGUGUUACGACGGAGCUGAAAUUCCAGUUGAUGACGAGAAGCUACAGAGGAAAUUGGAGAGCACCGAAAUCGAAGAUGGGUUGAACGAGUGUACUGUCACUCUUGGCAUUCCCCGAUGCACGGUUGAGGAAUCUGGAAAGUACACCCUCAAAGCGAAAAAUCAUUGGGGCGAGGGUGAAGCCAGUGCGCGCUUGGACCUUCUUCUGAGACCUGAAAUCGAGGAUUUCAACGACGCAAACGUCUAUCCGGAGGAGAUGAUCCAAUGGGAGGUUGUCAUCAAAGCGAAUCCAUUGCCGGAGGUUUCAUGGACGAAGAACGGCAGAGAAAUCAGAACGGAUGACCACUUUGAAAUACAGACGGACGACGAAAACCAUAAGUAUACGCUUAUCAUUAAACGCGUUGAACUCGAUGAUGCAGCGACCUUCAAAGUUAUUGCCAAAAACUACCUCGGAGAGGUCAGCAAAGAAGCGGUUCUGCAUGUCUACACCGAAGCUCCGGCUUUUGCGAAAGGCUUGGAAAACGAGUUGGUGAACGAUCAGGAAGAUGUCGAACUGAAAGUUCGUGUAACUGGAGUGCCAAAGCCGAGGAUCAAGUGGCUGAAGAAUGGCACCGGGAUCAUCGAAUCCGAUCGUUACAUCGUCGAGACUACAUACGAGGGUCAAGUAGUCAGUACUCUGACGAUUAAGCAAUUUUGCGAGGAGGACAUCUCAAGGAUCAGCUGUGACGCGAUGAAUCCCGUCGGAAGAGACACGACAUCCGGUCGCAUAGACAUGGCCAGGUCUCAUCCAUCGUUUGGUCGACCUUUGCCGAGAUCGGCGGAAGUCGAUGAAGGGGAACCACUCGAACUUAAAGCUAAGCUCAAUGGCAGCCCGAUUCCAACGGCCAAAUGGUUCAGAGAUGGAGAAGAAAUUCAGCCUGACGAUCACAUUAAAAUCGAGGCCCUUCGCGACGGCACGGUUAAACUCACAAUCGACAAAGUCACGCCAACGGAUUGUGGGGCAUAUAAACUGGUAAUCUCUAACACCACUGGCGAUGAUACGGCAUUAUGUGCCGUUGCUGUUACACCUUCCCCAAGAAGACCAUCCUUCACGAAGUCCUUGGAGAAUGCAAAAGUGGUCGUAGGCCAGCCAGUGAAGUUGGAAGCGCAGAUCGUUGGAUUCCCGAAUCCUGAAGUGCAAUGGAUCAAGGAUGGCGUACUCGUGAGACCAACCAAAGAGAUUAACUUUGUCAAUGAACCCAACGGCAUGAUCGGAUUGUCGAUAGAGAAAGCCCGUCCUGAGGACGCCGGAACAUAUUCGUUGAUAGUAUCCAAUAAACUUGGCGAGAUCAAGGGAGUCGCAAAAGUUGACGUCGAGGAAAAAGAAAGAAAGCCAGGUUUCCUGGCAACUCUUCAUCCGUUGACAGUGGUAGAAGGGUUCCCCGCCAAAAUGGAGGUGAAGGUUAUUGGAAAGCCUGUGCCUACGCUCAAGUGGACGCACAACGGUGCAGAGAUUGUGCCCGAUGGUCAGCACAUAAAAAUCGUAGAACAGCCCGAUGGAACCUGUGCAUUAUUAAUCGAUAAGGUAACUCCAGAUGAUGCAGGUGAUUACGAAUUGGAAGCAAUUAAUUCCGAAGGGUCUGUAUCCAGUAAAGGCAGCCUGCAAGUCGCAGGAAAGAGCAAAUCGAACGCUCCGGAAGAAAAGGCUAGCUUCCUCGGUCCCUUGCGAGAUGUGUCCGUUGAAGAAGGUCAACAGUUGGUCCUCAGUGCACCUUUCGUCGGAAAUCCGAUGCCGGAUGUCAUCUGGACCAAAGAUGGACAGCCCAUAGAGCCUUUGGAGAGAAUCGCGAGUACCUGCGAUGGGAAGAAAGUCGGACUUGAGAUCAACCCUGCCGAGCUUUCGGACUCGGGCGUGUAUAGUUGUCGUCUAGUUAACCCACUAGGAGAGGAUAGUUCCAAUGCGCAGGCCACCGUAAGAAAGGUCUACCAACCACCGAAUUUCACGCAGAAAUUCACGGAUCUCCAACAACUCCCGACCUUCGACGCCAAGUUUCCUGCGCGGGUUUCUGGAGUUCCAAUACCAACUAUCUCCUGGUACUAUAAUGACGAACCGAUUCCUACCGAUUCUGAGAAAUACAAGAUCAAGAGAGACGGAGACGCGUGCUGUUUGUACGUAAAGGACUGCACACCUCAGGAUUCUGGAAGGUACAAGUGCAAGGCUGCAAACAAAGAAGGCGAGGCUGAAUGUGAGGCCACUUUAGCGGUCGUCGACAAGAUAGAGAAGAUGCAGAAGAUAGAGCCACCGUCCUUCCUGAAGAAGAUCGGCGACUGCGAAGUCUAUAGAAAUAUGACAGCCAAAUUUACCGCCUGCAUCACUGGAUAUCCAGAACCAGAGGCCGAGUGGUUCCGCGACGGAGAAAAAAUCUGGCCCUCGGAGCGAAUCCGCAUUCAACAGGAAAGUAGCGGUCUCUUAAGGUUGACUAUCGGGAAUGUCAGCGAGUUGGAUACUGGGAAAUACAGCGUGAGGAUCCGCAAUCCACACGGGGAAGAUAUUUGUCACGCCGAAAUGACUUAUGACACCCUGGAACCUCGAUCCAAGAAGCCCGUCGGAGACUUGUACAUAGACUAUGACAAGUACCACAAAUCAGGAAUCCCGUUACCCUUAGCGAUCAAGCCGAUCAUCAGCCGCAUGAUGGAUCGUCACUUGACCCUAUCUUGGAAGCCAUCCAUACCCAUUGGACCACGCAUCCCUGUUACUUACCAGGUCGAGAUGUGCGAAUUACCUGACGGCGACUGGUUCACAGCUCGCUCCGGGAUCCGCAGCUGCGUCUGCGACAUCCGCAACUUGGAACCCUUCCGAGACUACAAGUUCCGCAUCCGAGUGGAGAACAAGUAUGGCCUUAGCGAGCCUUCUCCGUAUGCGCAAACCUACCGGGCCAAACUGGAACCUGAACCGCCGAAGUUCUUCCCGUAUUUGCCGCCAGGGAUAGACUUCAGGCCGGAAACCAGUCCGUACUUCCCCAAGGACUUCGACAUCGAGAGACCACCACACGAUGGUUACGCUCAGGCUCCGAGGUUCCUCAGACAGGAGCAUGACACGCAGUACGGUGUCAAAAAUCACAAUUGCAACCUCUUCUGGUUCGUCUACGGUUAUCCGAAGCCCAAGAUGUCGUACUUCUUCAAUGGCAUCCCGAUAGAGUUCGGUGGAAGGUACGAUCAUACCUACACGCGAAACGGCCAAGCCACUCUCUUCAUUAAUAAGAUGUUGGAGAGAGACGUGGGCGUUUACGAGGCCGUUGCGAAGAACGAACAUGGAGAGGCCAAGCAGAAGGUUCUGCUGGAAAUCGCGGAAUAUCCGACGUUCAUCCAAAGACCCGAUGAAACCAUCAUCAUGGCCAGGCAUAAGGGUAAAAUCGAGGCGCGGGUCAUCGGUGUGCCUUACCCGGAGUUGAAGUGGUACAAAGAUUGGAAGCCACUCGCAGCUUCGUCUAGAAUCAAGAUCACCUUCUGCGAGCCCGACUUAGCUGUUCUUACGAUUAAUGAUGCCAUCACUAAGGACGAAGGUCUCUAUUCUCUUAGCGCCGUUAACGUUGCUGGGUGUGUUUCGACAUCCGCGAUGAUCCAUAUAGAAGAAAACGAGCAAGAAUAUGGAUACAGAACGUACACUAAGAAACGCGACAUCAGGGCGAAUCCUAGAUCAAUGGAUGAGUAUUAUGACCUAGGAGACGAGCUCGGCCGAGGAACUCAGGGGGUAACUUAUCACGCCGUGGAAAGGUUUACAGGAAAGAACUUCGCCGCAAAAGUUAUGCACGGCCGUGGAGAACUGAGGCCAUUUAUGCAUAAUGAAAUGGAGAUAAUGAACAGUCUGAGUCACCGCAAACUCCUACGCCUUCAUGAUGCUUACGAGAGUGAUAAGACAUUCACCCUUGUGACAGAACUAGCCGCUGGCGGUGAACUGGUUGACAACCUAACUAAGCAGCCUCACUAUACCGAAGCUGAUAUUGCUGGGUACAUUAGACAACUUUUGUUGGGUUUAGAGUACAUGCAUGGAAACUACUACGCCCAUCUUGGUCUCACGCUUGGAGACCUGUUGAUUUCUCACACAGGAGGUGAUGAUCUGAAGAUAGGCGAUUUUGGAUUGGCUCGAAAAAUUUCCCACGGAAGACUCAUGACUUUGGCCUAUGGCAUGCCGGAGUAUGUCGCACCGGAAGUGGUGAACGAUGACGGUGUCAGCUUUGGGGCCGAUAUGUGGUCCGUUGGCGUCAUAACGUACAUCCUGUUGUCCGGAAUGUCACCGUUCAGGGGAAAAAAUGACAGGGAUACCUUGACCAGGAUCAAGAACGGGCUGUGGGACUUUGACGAAUAUUGGUCGAAUAUCUCUAGCGAAGCAAAAGACUUUAUCAAGAGUCUUUUGGCUUAUCAGCCGGAAGUUAGGUUGGAUGUUAAGAGGGCUUUGAGACAUCCUUGGCUUGAGAAUGCCGACAGGCUUUCCACGGACCUCUAUAAAAUAUCAUCUGAGAAUUUGAAGAACUACUAUACUCUCUUCAGAGACUGGUACAGUAACGCAUCUUGUCGAACCUGGUACCGAAGACGCAAACUUAACGGCGCGUUUGAACAUCCUUCAAAGAUGGUUUACCCUCCUGGACAAAAAUACACUCCGGAGGCGAGUCCCGAGAGGUGCUUUACUCCCAAGAAGAAGCCUUCUCCAAGAACCUGGGAGAACCAAGUGCCCUCCCGAGAUCCUAUUGACACGGAAAUUGGUAUUAUCAAAAGCGAGAGUCACUAUCAGAAUGGACCGGACACUUAUCUUCUUCAGCUUCGAGACACAGACUUCCCGGUACGAUUAAGGGAAUACAUGAAAGUUGCUUACAACCGGAGUUCCGGGUAUUCUCGCACUGUUACCGAUGACAAUAAUUUCGAUUGGAGGACACCGGUGAUACGAGAACGUCGUCGUUUCACGGACGUGAUGGACGAAGAAAUCGACGACGAGAGGAAGGAAAGAAUCAAUCGUUACGGAAUAGCAGACAGCUACACUUUGCGACGUUUGCGGCACGAGCUGGGCACUCGAUUAGACACAUACGCUGAAGCUGAAGCAUUGCUGGAGACAAGGAAAGACGGACAUUUACCAUUUUUCCGGGAAAAGCCGCAACUGAGACCUAUAGUCGCCGAGAAACCUGCGGAACUUGCGUGCCUAGCUGUAGGGGACCCGAAACCUACGGUUCAGUGGUUCAAGAACGAUAUGGUGAUUCAAGAAGGUGGCAGAAUAAGUAUAACCGAGGACCAGGACGGCAGAUCUAUCUUGAGCCUGAACCCUGCGAAGGAACACGACAUCGGUAUUUACAAGGUGGUCGCUAGGAACAAAGUCGGGCAGACCGUGGCCAGGACGAGAGUUCUGUUGGCGACUGUUCCGUCAUCCCCUGACUCCCCGGAGGUAGCCGAGAUUUCGGACACCGACGUGCUCCUUCGUUGGAAGCAGCCAAAAUGCGAUGGAAAUUCUCCAGUGCUCUGCUACAGUUUGCAGUACUGUGCAGGAGACAGCGUCGAUUGGAUCAACGUCGCCAGCAACAUAGAUCACGAGUUCUACGUGAUAAGGGGUCUUCAGCCAGACACCAGCUAUCAUUUCAGGUUGUUGGCGAGAAAUCGCAUCGGCUGGAGCGAGAAAGGAAUCCCCACGAAUCUCAUCAUGACAAAAGACGUUGGCGCUCCGAAGGUUCAAGUAACUCGUGCCAUGAAGCACCUUCAGCAGCUAACGGAGUCGGGUCAGGAGAUCGUUCUGGAAGAGACCAGGCCACACAUCGACUACUCCAUAGAAGACAAACCCAUCGAGUGGUCGACCGAGAAUCAGCUCACUAACCGAUACAGCUUCAUUUCGGAGUUGUCCCGCGGCCAGUUCUCCGUAGUCGUAAAAGGGGUAGAAAAGGCCACGGAUCGCGUCGUCGUAGCGAAGAUCCUGGAAGUCCGUCCCGAGACGCAAGAGCAAGUUACCCGGGAAUUCGAGGCUCUGAGAUCCCUCAGGCAUGAGAGAAUAGCUCUCCUGGAAGCUGCCUACAAAGUCUCGGAGUCCCCGAUCGCAGCCCUGAUCUUAGAGAAGCUUCAGGGUGCCGACGUGCUGUCCUACCUGUCCAGCAGACACGAGUACUCCGAAAAUUGCGUAGCCACCAUCGUCACCCAGAUUUUGGACGCUCUGCAGUAUCUGCAUUGGAGGGGCUACUGCCACUUGGAUAUUCAACCCGAUAACGUUGUCAUGGACUCCGUCAGGUCGGUCCAGGUUAAACUGGUGGAUCUGGGCAGCGCCCAGAAGGUGACGAAGCUUGGCACUCCGGUAGCGUGCCACGGACAUCCGGAGUACGUUGCACCGGAAGUCCUCAACGAGGAGCCAGCCUAUCCACAGACGGACAUCUGGAUGGUCGGAGUACUCACGUACGUCCUGCUGUCGGGGACGUCUCCUUUCAGGGGCACGGAUCCUGACGAGACCAGACAAAACAUCUCCUUCGUCAGAUAUAGAUUCGAGCAUCUUUACAAGGAGCUCAGUCAGGAGGCUACGAGGUUCCUCAUGCUUGUCUUCAAGAGAACGCCAAGCAAAAGGCCAACUGCAGAGGAAUGUCACGAACACCGAUGGCUUUUGCCGACGGAAUUCAUGAUUAAGAAACGCGAGAGAGCAGUGUUCCUUGGAAAUAGGCUGAAGGUAUACAAUACGGAGUACCACGAAGAGAAGCAGAAACUGGCCACGAAGAGCGACAGCUUGUCGGAAGCCUUUGGAUCGGCGAGGCAGCUCAUCAGAUCGAAUAGCAUACAGGAUGAGCUGUUCACGACGUUUUAAUGUCUAGCAUAAGUUUUCCAAUUACGUAUUUAUUUAUUUAAAAUGUUUAUAAUUCAGACGCGUCUAGUCAGUCCCGCUGUAUAACGACGAACGGUGCCUUAUGUGAAAAACAACGAAAACUCUGAAAUUGUGAUUCUCAAUGACUUUUGCUAUUAUUUAUUAAUUGUGAUUUGUAAUACUCUCACGAUAUUUCUAUGCGAUUCACAGGUUCCGUUCGUAGGCCUUAUUUUGGUGUGUUCAACAAAAUUACAUUUAAUAUAAAAAAAGAAACAGAACAUGAAGCGGGAACAAUCGAUGAAAGGAAGUGGUGAUAUGAUUUAUUGUACUCGGAAAAGAAUUUUAAAUUGUACAAAAAUUGUAAUCACGCUCUCUUAAGCGAGCAUACGAUUGAUGUAAAUUACUAUCAGGUAAUAAACAAUUAUAAUUAAUACCUCGUAA